AUGUCCGACAGGCAAGGCCAAAAUGUGCCUGAGGAUUACAUAUCACGCAAUGACAAUACACCCUUAGAAUUACCGCAACCUCGACCUCUAGACCAUUCCGACGUUCAUCUUUCUCCUCAAAAUGGUCAACAUUUCGAUGUGGACGCUUUUCUUGUCUCGCGUGCACCAGGAACAUCUCUUGCACAGAUAAGCAAUGAACUUCAAACGUUUGGUGCACAACUAAAGGAUGAAUUGAACGAAGUUGUCGAUAGAGAUUUCAGAGGAUUCGUCAAUUUGGGCGUAGCCUUGAAAGCGGAAAGGCCUAGGAUUGCAAGGUUGGAUUGGAAAGUUGCUUCUACAUCGAACAACACGAUUGAAGACAUCGAUGGGAGGUCAGCAGCUUUGACUUCACCCUCACAGAAGCGGAUUCAACGUGAUCCGUUCAAGAGCAUUGACCUACCGCCGCGUGAUUCUGGCAGCAACCUAGGAUUGGAAAGCGUUCGGGGAGAGAUUGUGAGAAUUCGCGACAAAUUGCGGGAAGCUGAAGAAGGGAUCAGAGCAACACUGAAUGACAAAGAGUCCAUCGAAGUACAAAGAUCAAAUCUGCAACUGCUCCUGGGGUUCAGCGAUUCUUUAGGCAGGCUCGAGGGAUUGCUCCUACCAUCCAAUCAGCAAAAUGAAGAAGAUGAAAUGCAUGAAGAAGUCCUUGGACCUCAAGACCAAUCAUUCAGGUAUUGGCAGUCCUUUGAGGAAUCAGGUCUGGACGUGAGCAGUGAGGAAGAAUCCGAGCUGACCUCCUCUUCGGAAGAGGAGGAAGUUGACAGAUUACCCAUGCGGAGACCUUCGAUCGUAUCUGCAAAACAAGCUUCGACAUCGGCGGUCAAAUCUAGAAGGAGAUCUUCAGGUCUGAUAGCAGCUCGAAGGCAGUCAUCCUUAGGUCUGAUUGAUGCAUCGGCUGCACUCUCAUCGGAAUCGUCAAAGAAGCCUACGAUAACUCUACCAUCUCGGAUUGCUAGAGCGGCUUCGGAGUAUAGUGCUUUGCAAUUCUUAUCGCAACAAGCCAUUUCGAUGGGCUAUACAGAGUUCGUUGAGGCGCAUGCCGAGCGUCUAGGCAGGAUCAGGCUUGCUUUGAAAGCAGAUUUGGCAAAGCUGGUCAAAACUCUUUGCAGUCUAGAAGGGCCAUCAUUAUUGGUGAGCACGCCAGAUAGAUACAGUAAAUCCUCAAGUGGCUCAAAGGACACAUACAAAUCAGCAGAAGAAGCUGAAUUGGCAAGUUGGGGUCAACUUUCUUCUUCAUUGGAGUCAUCUAUCGCAGAACAGGCUACUUGGCUAGAAUUGGCUAUAAGUACAUGGAGUGCUCUUCCCCAAGACAUAUCUUCUACACGAGCAGCUGAUAUCUCCGAGGUGGAAGAAGCAAUCCGAAAAGCAUUGGUGGAGCAGUGGGCAUCCAAGUACAUCGAUUCAUUCUCACUAGAUGGUCAAUUACCCAAAACGCCAAUGACACCAAAUGGACCUUUUGGUACGGCACCUAGCACUGGAACGUUCGACAAAAGCUUUUCCACCUCUCCCACAUUCGCAUCUGAUCCAAAUCAGAGGUCUAAUUAUGAGAUACCUUAUUCCAUCGUAGGAGAUGACGUGGAACGGGUAAGGCCUUUGAUCGAUCUGUACAACAACAUCCUCACAUUCGUGGCAGAGCGAGCGACAAAGAUUGCAAAAGUGGCAGAGAAUGUACAACAGGCGCUACCAGAAACGACUGUUAGUGCCCUCUCGGCGGAGAGAGAUGCGCUCACAAGCUCAUCUUCAGGUUCUUGCGACGUUUUCGUUCGGUCUGUUUGGCGUCAUAUCACUACCAGAUUGAUGGAGCAAUUGGGAGGGAAGUUGUUCUUUGUUGGACGACCGGAGGACUUUCGAAGGAAUUAUAUCAUCUCCAUGGCGUUUUUGACAUCGUUUGAAAAGAUUGCACCCUCACAAAGAGCUGUGAUUGCCUUGCGGGCGGAUCCAAUCUACCAAAAUUUCAAGAAACGUUGGCAAUUGCCGGUAUACUUCCAAAUGCGAUUGCGAGAAAUUGUGACUGGAUUGGAGAACACUUUGAACAAUCAUACAAACAGCGUACAAGCCUCUCUGCAGAACCUCAGUGCAGGGUCACAGAAGCGAUCUUUGCCAAUAUUGCACGUCACAAAGAGGACGUUAGAAGCAUUUGAGGCGCCAUGGUCUGACGUAUGGCACAUUCGCGAUCUCAGUCAUAGGCAAUGGCGCUUGAGCUUACAGAUCUUGAGUCGAUAUCGAACGUGGAUGCAGGAUCAAUUACCAUCAGAUGUAUUGCCAGCACAUAGGAGAGUGGUAGACGCUUCUCGAUCGAAUGCAGCGGCUGGCACUGCCCGUUCUUCUUUUGAAGUACAACAGCAACAAAGACUCAAUACGUCCUCUACUCCAGCCUCACCUCAAAGGUCUAGCACACCAACAGCAGUAGAUGUGGAUCAAGAGAAUCAUUUGAUGAUUGUUUGUACGGCACUUGCAGCAGACAUUGCUUUCUUUGAGGAGACAGUCCGCAGCAUUUUUGAGAGAUCAAUCACAGCAAGACUAAAGGAAGGAGUGGAUGAUGAAGGAACGUCGAUCGACCUCUUCAAGAAGAUGAGAGAAUCCCUAGAUGCGGCUCUUACACUUUCUUCCCAACUGUACCCUCUUCUAUCAGCAAAGAUUAUCAGUGUACUCAAAACACGUUGUGCGGAGCCUUUACGAUUGGUUCGCUCGGUGAGUACGCAAUACCGUUCCGCGACCACAACCAAUCCCAAGAGUACUACAAAUGGAAGCGCGAACGGAAGUGCAAUGGAGCCUUCAUUCUUUGUCAAUCAAUUCUUACGACCGAUGAAACAGUACCUGGGUAAAUCAGACCAGAUAGGAACCGGAGGUGGUACGAAUGCAUCACGUCAGGCAAGCCAAGAUCAAGUCACACAAGCAAACAAUGGUGCUUUGAGUACUUUACUGCCGCAAGAAGUACGUCAAAGAUGGAUGAAUGAAGUUGUGGAAGAUUUCGUUGUACGGUAUACGGCAUCUUUGCAUACGAUGAGUAAGAAUUUCGAAUCGUUGCAACGUCUUAAGCGGAACAAUGCAGUCAGUCAAACCUCGUCUCAUUCCAAUCAUGCUGAUGGCGGAGAAGAUGCAGAGGCGACACGAAUGCAUGGUCAAAUGAUCACCGAUGUUGAAUAUUUGGAAAAAGAGGUGCACGAUUUACGAUUUGUCCAAACGGAGAUUUCAACAGAUACAGCUGCUUGGAAUCGUCUCAAAGCGGCAGCUAGAGGCGAUUUGGAGGAUUAA